GGUUUCACUUCGACCCAAGCCACAGUUUUCUGAAAUCAACAUUAACUUUGAGACGGGGUUAUUGAAGAAAAAAAAAAUCUCCAGCAUGUCGGAUCCGAGUCACUGGUCUGCGGCGCCGAGUCAGAACAAGUCCCAUUUUGUUCCCGGAGCGUUGCUGAAGCGCUCCAAAAGCUGUCGCAGCAGCAACAGGAAGAGCCUCGGCGUUGGGACACCAUCACCCACGCUGUCCCGGCCGCUCUCUCCACUCUCUCUCCAAACUGCUGCGAGCAGCCCUCUAGACAGCCCCCGAAAUGUGUCGACCAGUGCCUGUCUCAACUUUCCAUUUGCCCGAAGAGCUGAGGGCCGGCGAUGGUCCCUGGCAUCCCUCCCCUCGUCUGGCUAUGGAACCAAUCCGCCGAGCUCCACUGUCUCGUCCUCCUCAUCCUCCCAGGAACGUCUUCACCAGCUUCCCUACCAGCCGACACAAGAUGAGCUGCACUUCCUUUUCAAACACUUCCGUAGCACAGACAGCAUGACCGACGAGGACGGGCGGCCCUCGACAGUCAUACGACCUCGGUCUCGGAGCCUCAGCCCCGGGCGAUCGAGCGUUUCUUUCGAUAAUGAGAUAGUCAUGAUGAACCAUGUUUACAGAGAGCGUUUUCCAAAGGCCACAGCCCAGAUGGAGGAGCGCUUGUUGGAGAUUGUCACCCACUGCUCUCCAGACAGCUCUCUCCCACUGGCUGACGGAGUGCUGGGUUUCAUCCAGCACCAGUUGGUGGAGCUGGUCAGAGACUGUCUGGACAAGUCCCAGAAAGGCCUAGUUACUUCCUGCUACUUCGCUGAGCUGCAGGAAAAGCUGGAGAAGCUGCUACACGAGGCCUACGAGCGCUCUGAAAGCGAGGAGGUGACCGUCAUCACCCAGCUGGUGAGGAAGAUCCUCAUCAUAAUCUCUCGGCCGGCUCGUCUCCUCGAGUGUCUGGAGUUUGAUCCGGAAGAGUUUUAUCACUUACUCGAGGCAGCAGAGGGUCACGCUAAAGUGGGCCAGGGAAUCAAGACGGACAUCCCGCGAUACAUCAUCAGCCAGCUUGGUCUGACAAGGGACCCAUUGGAAGAUAUGGUACAGCUCGAACAGUAUGACUCCAGUCCUUCAGUGUCAGUGGAACCAGAGGCUAAUGUGGAGAAUAAGGCCCCACAGACGCUGACACCAACUCGCAGGAAACCACUGGAAAGUGAUUUUGAGACCAUUAAACUCAUCAGUAACGGAGCUUAUGGGGCUGUGUAUCUGGUCCGCCACAAGGAGACCCGUCAGCGGUUUGCCAUGAAAAAGAUAAAUCGGCAGAACCUGGUUCUGAGGAACCAGAUCCAGCAGGCGUUUGUGGAGCGGGACAUCCUAACGUUUGCUGAGAACCCCUUUGUUGUCUCCAUGUUCUGCUCCUUUGAGACGCGACGUCACCUCUGCAUGGUCAUGGAGUAUGUAGAAGGUGGAGACUGCGCCAACUUGCUCAAGAACAUGGGCCCGCUGCCUGUAGAAAUGACAAGGAUGUACUUUGCUGAAACAGUCCUGGCCCUGGAGUACCUUCACAACUAUGGCAUUGUGCAUCGGGAUCUCAAACCUGACAAUUUAUUAAUUACAUCCAUGGGCCACAUCAAGCUGACGGACUUUGGGUUGUCUAAAAUUGGCCUGAUGAACAUGACCACCAACCUGUACGAGGGUCACAUGGAGAAGGAUACAAGAGAGUUUGUUGACAAACAGGUGUGUGGCACUCCAGAGUACAUAGCCCCGGAGGUGAUCCUCAGACAGGGCUACGGGAAGCCUGUGGACUGGUGGGCGAUGGGGAUCAUCCUCUAUGAAUUCCUGGUGGGCUGUGUCCCGUUCUUUGGAGACACUCCAGAAGAGCUUUUUGGCCAAGUAGUCAGUGAUGAAAUAAUUUGGCCUGAAGGAGACGAUGCUUUACCUGCUGAUGCCCAGGACCUGAUCACCCGGCUGCUGAGGCAGAGUCCCCUAGACCGACUGGGCACUGGCGGAGCCUCAGAGGUCAAACAGCACCCCUUCUUCCUGGGUUUGGACUGGAAUGGACUCCUGCGGCAGAAAGCUGAAUUCAUCCCUCAGCUGGAGGCGGAGGAUGACACCAGCUACUUUGACACUCGAUCAGAACGCUACCAUCAUUUGGCAUCUGACGAGGAUGAGGAAACCAAUGACGAAGAGUCUUCCUUGGAAAUCAGACAGUUUGCUUCCUGGUCACAUCGCUUCAGCAAGGUUUACAGCAGCACAGAACAUCUGGCAACACCUUCCAACCUGAGUUUCUCCUCUGAUCGCAGCCACAGUGAGGACAAGGAGGACCGCGGGGACAUGGGAGGACUCAAUCUCUCCCCAAGCCCAGCAGAGGGCAGCGUGGAGCGCAGACAUGCUGGACACAUGGCCAGCCUUCGGCCUCGGGCCUCCUCCAGCUCCUCCCAGUCUGAGAGGAGCACCAGCCCUCUGGUGAUGAGCAGCACCCACAGCCUGGAGACGAUGCCUCGCUUCGCCCUCUCCACCGAUGAUGAAGCUGAGGUGGUUGUGUCAAACCUUCGGCGGAUCAGGAUUCGCAGCAACAGCACUGGGGCCAAGCACUCAUCCCCCAAGGACCCGGCCGGCCCGCGACGCUUCGGUAAUCAGCUGGAGACACCAGACAGACAGAGGCUUCCCUGUGGGGGGAAGGUUCCCAAGUCAGCCUCUGUCUCAGCCCUGUCUCUCAUCAUCACUACAGACGACUUUCACGGCGGCCUCCAGCCCAGUCCCAUCUCCCCUCGCUCGCUGUCCUCCAACCCCUCAUCUCGUGACUCCUCGCCCAGCCGGGACCUGUCGCUCGGCCCUGGCAGCCUGAGGCCGCCCAUCGUCAUCCACACCUCUGGGAAAAAGUUUGGCUUCAACCUGCAGGCCAUCCGCGUCUACAUGGGAGACAGCGACGUCUACACGGUGCAUCACAUGGCGUCGAGUGUGGAGGAGGGCAGCCCAGCACACCAGGCAGGUCUCCGCACUGGAGAUCUCAUCACCCACGUGAACGGAGAGUCUGUCCAAGGCCUGGUCCACCCUGAAAUGAUAGAACUGCUGCUGAAGAGCGGCAGCAAGGUGGCACUUCAGACCAUAGCGCUUGAGAACACGUCCAUCAAAGUCGGUCCAGCUCGAAAGACCAAACACAAAGGCAAGAUGGCUCGUCGCAGCAAGAAGAGCAAGAGGAGGGAUAAUUACGACAGGCGACGAAGCAUCUUGAAGAAGCUGUCCAAGCAGAGCACUGUGAUGCACAGCAGCCGCAGCUUCUCCUCGGGUCUCCAUCACUCGGUUUCUUCCAGCGAGAGUCUUCCAGGCUCCCCGACGCACAGCCUCUCACCCGGCCCCUCCACACCCUGCCAGAGCCCUGCACCCGACCAUCAGGCCUUCGAAAAUAACUCUCCUCAGAGCACAUCUCCCUGCUCCAGCUCUCCCAGUUCUCCCGCCGCGCACAUCCGGCCUAGCUCACUCCACGGGCUGGGCUCCAAACUCAGCACGCAGCGCUACACCAAGGUGGGCCGCCGGAAGUCGACCAGCAACAUCCCCCCCUCGCCUCUGGCCUGCAACUCCUCCUCAUCCUCCACCCAGCCCCUUUCUCCACAGCGCUCUCCCUCCCCGCUACCAGGCUUCGCGAAAAGCCUUCACACUUAUCAUGGCAAAACCCUGUCACCACCCACCAUUGUUAGACACAUUGUCCGUCCCCGCAGCGCUGAGCCACCCCGAUCUCCUCUGCUGAAGAGAGUGCAGUCAGCUGAGAAGCUGUCCGGAGUGUAUCAUGCAGAUAAGAAGUCGUACGCCCCCCGCAGGCACACGUUGGAAGUGCCGUUUUACGGUGAGGGCGAUCUACUGGGUGACUCUGAGGCAGAGGGCGCCUGUGGAGGCUCCUACAUCGGGGCCGAUCACAGCAGGCUGGGGGGCUACAUUGGCAACCAGAGGAUGAGGGAGUCUGGGAUUGAACGAUCUGAGCAGCUGGUUGUGAUGAGAAAGCUUAACCUCUCAGAGCGGCGAGACUCCUUUAAGAAGCAGGAGGCGGUGCAGGAGGUGAGCUUUGACGAACCAGAGGAGAAAACCAGCACCACAGAUACAGUGACCACCACAGCGCCAGGAGCCCAAACACAACCUGAGCAGCCGCAGCAGCACAGGAUGGCCUGGAUGAUCACUCGACCGCAAACAAGCGAGGGGCUGGAGCUGGACGUGCCGGUGGUGAGGAGGUUCACCCUGGUGCCUCAGAUCGCCGUGCAGGGCUCGACGGAGAGCGAGGAGCAGGACGAGUGGGAGCCGUGUUCAGACAGCGAGGAAACCACAGAGAAAUCUGAGCUCGAUGUCUGUGUCACCUCAUCUCAGCAGCAACUGGCAGGACAUCCUCUCACUGGCACCAGCUGCAGUCAGGCGGCGGAAACCACUUCCACCUGUCCUCAAGUUGGACCAUCAACAGAGAAGACGGAGUGCAGAGAGGAAACUCCACAAAAAGGGCAUCUGAGAAAGUGACAGCUCACCACUCUACUCAUUUCAACUGCUCGUUUCUUUCCCUUCAAGUCUGUCAAGCGUGACAUGCAUCACCGCUGAGGGAAAACUCCCAGGUGUUUUUUAUUCAGAGCCAGACAAACUGGAAGCCGUAAACUCAUUUACAAAACUGUCUGGC